GCUGCCGAUGAUGGAUGGGGAGGAGGAGAUGCCGGAGAGUGGUCGAAGGGGCUGGAGAAGUUGUGGGAGAGGGUGCAGCAUGUUGGACAGGUGCCUCUGAUGCCGAAUGAUUGGAAGCUCGAUUUCCAAGGAUUCCCACGCUCGUGGUUCGUCCCAGUAGGUUGGGUGGGUGAAGUGCCUCUCUCUGCUGUGAAUCCAACUUGGAAUAACAGAGGAGCCAUGGCUUUCAAACGACUCGCAACAGUCGGCCAACGCGUCCGUGAGAAAGUCGAAACCAACAAGGAAGAGCGCAAACCGGGAAACUAUAUCUCGAUUGACAAGUGGAUCAGGAGAGAUGUUCAUCAUUUCAUCAACUGGAUACAGCAGGAUACUGGACUCCAGAACGUGUUCUGUACUGUCGUUGGCAGAACCCCACGGGAAAGUCGAUUCAGUUCUUUGCCUACCAGUGCGGAGCGAACGAAGUACGUUGGAAAGUUGACCGAGAAACUCCGAACGCUCGCGACGGAUCUGAAUGAAACUCAACGAACCAUGCAAGCAAUGAAGACCGCACACCCAGGCCCCAUCGGUCCCCCAACACCCCCAACCGACUCCUCAACCCUCUGGCCCGCAAAACACCACCCAACCCUCUACGGCCUCUGUAUCCUCGGUCCAAUCAUUCUCAUAGCCUACGUCUCCACCUCCUCUCCGACUCUCGAACCCCAACCUCUUUUCCACCUUGAUCUCAGCGAAGGCGGGGGAGGCUCGAGUAUAGUGAACGGUAUCAGAAUGGCGUUGGUGAUGCUCGCCGCAAGGGAUGAGGCGGUUUGGUGGGAGGAGAACAGGUUAGAUAGAGGUGUGGUAAAGGAUGCGGGGAAUGUUGGCAAGUUGGCGGAGAGGCUGGAUAAGGCGUUUGAGGAGUUUGAUAUGGAUCUCGAGAUGUGAGGUGUUGGAUACGCCUAUAACUGCCGUACGGUAUUAUUGGAAUGAAAGGCUUGAUGCCGAGACCGAAAGUAUUGUCCAGCUGUUG